AUGGGCUGCGGCGCGUCGCAUGCGGUGGCACAUCUGCAAGCUUCGCGGCUGGAGGUGGAGCGCCUGCAACAGGAGCUCAAGGAGAGUCAGCACAGCCGCACGGCCCUGGAAGAGAAGCUGAGACUGCAGCUCUCCAACGAGCUGGACGAGCCGAGUGCCCAGGCCGGCUCCUCUCCGAGCGAUGCCUGGGAGCCUGCCCAGAAAUGUCCGCUCGAGGGCUGCGAGGGGGUCGUGGCAACCGAGCCGAAGCCCGAACGAGCGAAGGUGCAACUGCCGUGCCUCGAUGUGAACCUUCAGGCGGAAGCUGAGGAACCUGAGCCUGAACGCAAAGAGGUAGAGCUGCCCGGCAUCGUAGUGCACGAACUUGAAGAAGUCGCGGCGCCGCGGUCAGCAGUCGAAGAGGCGAAAGAGACGCAGGUCACCGAAGCUGAGAAGGUGCUGGAGCAGCACGAAGCUUUGGAAGAAAGGGAGGCGAAAGCUUCCGAAGCCGAGAAGGCGCAAGCCUCUUUAGAAUCCACGGCCAGUACUUGCAGCCCCCACUUGGCCCAGCUCCAGCCUAAGCGCUGCGGCCAGUGCCUGGGCGAGGCGGAUCAGCUGUUUCUGGACCCGGGUGACCUGAACCAGUACUGCCGGAACUGCUGGGAGGAGUACUACGGGGAGCCGCCUCCUAGAGAUCUGCAGGCCUUAGUGCCCACUGAGGCGGCAGAGCCAUGGACCGAGGAGAGUUCCUGGCGGAAGCCUGGCUGGAGACGAUCCUGCCCGGGUGGCCGCCCAUGGCAAAGAUGGAGACUGCACGCUGGGAGAGCAGCGAAGAAUCCUGGACUUCCAUUCGGGUGCGGCUGCGUCGAGAUGUUUGUGGUGGCCAUGCCAGAGAGCAGUUGA